GUUGACGUUCGUUAGCGUCGGGAUUAGUUGAUGUGGAGGUUCACGGAGCUGAAUGACUGAUAUAAGUUAAGAGCUGCGCAUCUGAAGACAAUACUACACCUAGAGACAAUACGGCACUUUAUGAAGAGUUCUGCCCUGAAUACCACACAAACCGCACCUCGAAGGCGACUGAACCGAACAAGCGGAAUGAAUCAGUUUGAUCAUUUAAAAGAGGAAGAGACUGAAGAACACGACGAUACAGUGUCAACGCGAGACGAGAAGAACGAAGUGGACAGCACCUCCGUUAACAAUAACAAUAACCGAAGAAAGACCAUCACCCCUGGGCCGGGCGAGCACCCCCUCCAGUAUAACUACACAUUCUGGUACUCCCGCCGCACGCCCAGUAGACCAGCCAACACACAGAGCUACGAGCAGAACAUCAGACAGAUCGGAACUGUGGCGUCGGUGGAGCAGUUCUGGAAGUUGUACAGUCACCUGGUUCGGCCCGGAGAUCUGACAGGACACAGUGAUUUCCACCUGUUCAAGGAAGGCAUCAAACCCAUGUGGGAGGACGAGGCUAAUAAGAGUGGAGGGAAAUGGAUCAUCCGUCUGCGUAAGGGUCUGGCCUCACGGUUCUGGGAGAACAUCAUACUAGCCAUGCUGGGGGAGCAGUUCAUGGUGGGGGAAGAGGUGUGUGGAGUGGUGGUGUCCAUCCGCUUCCAGGAAGACAUUCUGUCCAUUUGGAAUAAAACAGCCAGUGAUCAGGUGACAACGUCACGCAUCAGAGACACACUGCGGCGUGUCCUCAACCUGCCGCCCAACACCAUCAUGGAGUAUAAGACCCACAACGACAGUCUCAAGGAUAAUUCCAGCUUCCGCAACACUAAGAUUACAUUGUGAUGGUGUGUGACUGUAACACACACUCCAGUUUCCUCAGCUAUGGGCUCAAGUGCACACACACACACACACAAAUGCCAGUUUUUCUUUGUGUAGGAGAUCACUGGGAGAAACCCUGCCUCCAACAUUCCACGCUUGUAUAAACUCCGCCUUUUUAAAACAUCA